AUUUCAGUUUCUUAAUGCCAGAUGUUUCCGUUGGAGAUGAGACUCGAAAUUCCACUCUUCCCACGGUUUGCGAGUUUGUAAUAAACACACCGGAAUAUUGCGCAGAUAAAGAUGUACGCAUUCAAGUUCCUAUACCGCUUCCAGAAUAUUCUUAUCUCGAGGAUUGGGUCGGCAAACUGCGUGCUCAGCCGUCGGGAAAAUUUUUGGAUUAUGAAGGUGCGAAAGAAGCGCUUCGUAAAUUUAUAUACUCUGAAACAAUCAAUCAUCAAAACCGACGAACGAUUUCAAAUAUAGAAUGCGCUGUCAAAAAGAAACGCGAAAUGGGUAUGCCAUUGUUUCAACCUUCACGGAAUAGAAGACUUCUUGAACCUAGAAGAAAACCUGUAGUUCCGUUUGAAGAAAAGUUUACAUACGUUGUUGAGCAAAGCUCAAGUGAGAAUUUGCUCACUUUGAUGAGGAUGGAAGUGUUCAUGAAGAAACAGAUGACAGAUAUGAUCAGAGCGAGAAAUUGGGAAGUGGAUCAGUUGUCAAAGCAGUGCGAGAAGCUUGUUGCAGAAACUGGAGACCCGGACAUGCAUCCACACAAAAUCAGCAUGCUCAAUGAGAAACUUCGGCAGGUACAUACAACAUAUUCCUUUCAAGUUGCGGAUCUUUCUGAUACUCAAAAAUCCAAAUAUCGAAAAGCUGUGGAUUCUCUGUAUUCUCGUGGAAGUAUUCCUGCUGAAUUACUGGACGAUGUGAUUCUUGAUGAACACGCAAUCCCUCGUCCUGUCGCAACAACAACUGGAGGAUAUGCGGAUGGGGUUAACGAGAGUUUCACGAUUUAUAUCGCUAUAGGAUCGCAACUCAAAUCAAUGCACAAUGUAUGUCUGGUGACUGUCGAUCGACUCACAGACCUCUGUCAAACACUGGAAGGCGAUUGGACCACUUCGAGUCGAUUGGAAAUGGCUACGAAAUUAUACAGCAGAAAUUUGAGUGGGACGACGCUUCUGGUUCCACGUGAUCCGAUGAUGCAUAUCAAUUCUUCAUCGGACUUUUUCAAAAUUUGUGAACAGUCGACAGAUUUACAUUUUGAUAGUCUUGCGGAGCAAUUAAAGAAAACCUUAGCAGCGAAUCGUGAACGGAAUUCCUGGAAAGCAGAUAAAAUCGACGAAGAAACUUCAAAAUUAAUUGCCGAAGGAAAGACACCUCCAGAACAGUUGGUUCCUUCCAGUGCACUUCGUCAGGAUCCAACCUGCACUGUGGGCGACGUGUAUAUAACAAGACACUCGAAUUUGCAUAAAGUACAGAUAGUUUAUCAUCUUGUUGUCGACGAAACACUUCAAUCUCUGGAAAUAAACAGUCGUCAUCCAUGCCUUGCUGGUGUUCGGAAUAUUAUUCGAACUGCGGCUCGAUACAACACGAGCACAAUUCAUAUUCCUCUUCUUUUGAUUGAUAGGCCGGAUGAGAGCACCACUAUUGCAUGGUGUCUAAAGCGAGCAGAGAUGCUAUUCAAGUGCGUCAAAGGAUAUCUGAUGGAGGUGUGCAGUGGAAUGGACGUCGAAUCUCUUCCCCACUACAAUGUACAUUUUGUUCUACCAUCUGGCCUGUCACCUACGAUUUAUACUGCUAUAACCAACAUGUUUCCAUCGAUCUUCCAUCUGGUGCCUGGAGUAUCCUCCUGAUUUUUCCGCAUUUUUUUAACGCACGUUGUUUGUACAGUCCAAGAGAAAGUGCAUGCGAUGCUAUUUUUUCUAUUUGCUGCCUUCAUUCCCUUCAGUUUCUUGUCAUAAUGAUUGUGAUUCGACUGCUCUAAAUAUACCAUAUCAACAGUUUUUUUCCACUUUCCCAUUUCUCUCACUUUUGCAUAAAUUAUUCGUAUUCAU